ACGUUCAGGUACCUACCUACCUGAGCACCUACGUAGGGUCCUACCUCAAAAGUCACCCCCGGCAAAUCUUGUCUACUAGGAACCUGUAGCAAGAACAGCAAUGGUGUGGUUUUGCGCUAUUCGAUGUAGAUCUUCGUGGCGCCUAGGAUGUAUUAGACUUCUGCUGCCACCUAAUUUGUGUGGCUGCUUGAGUACCUCUCAGAUAUUCUUCUUUAACUGCCCGUGGAGGUUUACGGCAGUCAAAGGGAUAAUGCUGUGCAAUGACCCCGACGGGCCAGCCACAGGCAACCGACUUUCCGCUUUCCAUUUCCUAUGCUGUUGGCCAGGAAUUCGGUGGCGAGUUUUACUAUUUUUUGUGCGAAUUUACGUGACACUUAAAUGCUCUCAGAUGCGUGGUAGAGGCCAUGUGCCCUGCAAUAACACGAAUGCUGAGUCGGAGUGAGGAGAAAGCUAAUAACUUCCACAGCUCCUGUUCGCGGAGCA